CUCCACUCUUUCUUCCCCCCACCCUCUGCCCCGCCUCCCUUUCUUCCCUCCCUCGAAGCUUUAUAGUCCCGCUCGCUCGUUCAGCUUUCAGGCUGCGCCCCGGGGUCGGGCGCCAUGACGGGCCUCUUAGGGCGCGUAUCGCUGCGGAGACUGUUGUGCAGACUGCGGACCCCGGUCUCCAGUCUGCUAGUGCGCCCCAGCUCGGGAGGGCCCUCCUGGACCUGGGAGCAGACCCUGGUGGCCGUGAAGCCAGAUGGGGUGCAGCGGCGGCUUGUUGGGGAUGUGAUCCGGCGUUUUGAGAGGAGGGGCUUCAAGCUGGUGGGGAUGAAGAUGCUUCAGGCACCGGAGAGCGUCCUUGCUGAGCACUAUCAUGACCUUCGGAGGAAACCCUUCUACCCAGCCCUCAUCAGCUACAUGAGCUCCGGCCCUGUGGUGGCCAUGGUCUGGGAAGGCCCCAAUGUGGUCUGCACCUCAAGGGCCAUGAUAGGACACACUGACUCAGCUGAGGCUGCUCCUGGCACCAUUCGAGGAGACUUCAGCUUCCACAUUACCAGGAACGUCAUCCAUGCCAGCAACUCCGUGGAGGAGGCCCAGAGGGAGAUCCGGCUGUGGUUCCAGAGCAAUGAGCUGGUAGACUGGGCAGACGAAGGCUACCGCAGCAGCCUCUACCCAUCCUGAGCCUCAGGAUGCCCUCAGCUGUCCCAUCAUUCACUCGGGACCAACUACCUCUGUCCACAUGAACUUGAGCCCACCCCUGUGUUCUGCCUGUCUGUCUCAGACCACUUCCCUGUUUACCUUCCGCCCCAGCCCAGAUCAGCUGAGCCAACUUUAUGUGCCUUUUGUAUUCUAAGCCAGCAAGAGAUUGGAUCAAAUCCUUUCCAUACCACAAUGCCAGACCACCUUUGGGGUGUCUCCAGAAAUGGGUAGUUUAUCCUCCACUCCCCCAAAGGGGAGACAUUAAAACUCACUGUGCCGUGC